AUGUCCGCCUUCAAGUUUGGAGGUGAAGAAACCAAGAACACUGCCGGUACUAGGCCAGACGACGAAAGCACGCCGUUAAUUUCUACCAGUGGUUCGUCGAAGAGCCAAGAAAGUGCAACCGGUACAACGUUACUUCAUAACCCCUCUUCCUCUUUGCAUUCUAGAAAUACAUCAACUUCCUCUCCCAGACGCCUCUCUUCUUCCUCUUCUUCAGAUAUUCAUUUCAGAGACAUUAUAUUUCACUCUUCGGACGAAUCGGGCGGCUGGUUCCUUGAUUUCAUCAUGGAGAAAGUUAAAAAUACGAAGGUUGGCUACUGGGCCGAUAAGUUGGCCGUAGAGGCCGAACCUGGAUUGACCAACGCUCAACUCAUGUUAAACAAUCAUGAUUUGAAGCCUGUCGAACCAGAACGUAGACAAUGGGGAACCUGGAAUUUUGUAGGAUUUUGGAUCGCGGAUUCUUUUAAUAUUAACACAUGGAUGAUAUCAUCGAGCAUGAUUGUCGGCGGAUUAUCGUGGUGGCAAUCAUGGCUUUGUGUGUGGAUUGGAUAUUCAAUUGCAGCCUGCUUCAUUGUAUCCACGGCAAGAAUCGGCGCCACUUAUCAUCUUUCCUUUCCCGUCAUUGCUCGAUCGUCUUUCGGUAUUUGGGGUGCUCUGUGGCCUGUGUUCAAUCGUGCAGCCAUGGCUUGUAUUUGGUACGGAGUGCAGGCUUGGAUUGGAGGAGAGUGCGUUCAAUUGAUGAUCGCUGCAGUUUGGCCAUCGUGGCAUCCCGAUGGCAAGAUUCACAAUGGAAUCCCUAAUUCUGGAACAAACACUGUGAUGUUUGUGUCAUUCUUCCUUUUUUGGUUCUGCUCGCUUCCAGCAAUCUGGUUUCCGGUCCACAAAAUUCGUCAUCUGUUUACAGUUAAAGCAUAUGUGGUACCAGUUGCAGGCCUCUCAUUCUUCAUCUGGGCUAUAGUUCGCGCAAAGGGUCUUGGACCAAUCGUCAAACAAGGAAAUGUAAGCCAUGGAAGUACGUUGGGCUGGGAAAUGGUCACUGGAAUUAUGUCUUCUAUCGCCAACUUCGCAACUCUCAUCGUUAACGAUCCCGAUUUCGCACGAUUUGCACGAAAGCCAAGGGAUGCUUUCUGGUCACAACUCAUCACUAUCCCCGUUGGUUUCGCCGUUACAUCUUUCGUCGGUAUUAUUGUUUCCUCGUCUUCGACCGUCAUCUUCGGUAAAGCCAUCUGGAAUCCUCUUGAACUUCUCCAAUCAUUCUUAACCGAAGGAGGGUCUGGAAAUCGCGCCGGUGUAUUUUUCAUUGCAACUGCAUUUGCUCUCGCCCAACUCGGUACCAAUAUCGCAGCCAAUUCCGUAUCUGCAGGUACAGAUAUGACAGCUCUCCUCCCCCGCUACAUCAAUAUCCGUCGCGGCGGUUACGUUUGCGCUCUUGUCGGCCUCGUCAUGUGUCCAUGGAAUCUUCUCUCAACCUCCAACAACUUCACCACUUAUCUCUCCGCCUACUCCGUCUUCCUAUCUUCCAUUGCUGGUGUCAUCAUCUCAGAUUACUACUUCGUUCGUAAGGGCUACCUGCAAGUUCGAAACCUGUAUUCCGCCAAGAAAACCUCUCCAUAUUACUACACAGCUGGUGUUCAUUGGAGAGGCUACGCUGCUUACAUCGCCGGUAUCCUCAUCAACAUUGUGGGAUUCGUAGGAGCAAUUGGUAAGGAAGUUCCAAUUGGCGCAACAUAUAUCUAUAAUUUAAACUUCUUCUGCGGAUUUAUUGUCGCGUCAAGCGUGUAUUGGAUUUUAUGUAAAUUCUUCCCUGUACCCGCUACAAGCGAUGUAUGGAUGGAAGUCGGGGAAGAAAUUGAUGAUCCUAAUAUGGCGUACAGUGCGGAAGAAGGAAGCGAAUUUGAGGAGUCUGGCAAAGGUGGACGGGAAAACGUUAAGAUCAUGGGAAGUGGAAAGAAGAGUGAUGUGGAUUUAGAGGCUUGA